AUGUGUUUAGCUAUCGAUUUUCAGUCGAAAUCGAUUGUAUGGAUUGACAACGAAUUUCAUUGGAUAUCGACUAUCGAUUAUUUCGGUGACAAUCGAAAAAUCAUCAAAACAUCGAAACAACACUUCAGCGACUGUUCCGCAAUCGAUGUGUUCAACGGUUCCGUGUUUUGGUCGUCGCCUAAAGAGGAAAGCAUUUUUGCCAUCAAUUUGAAGGACCAUUCAAUAAGCAACCAAAGUUACCGGUGCUUAUGCUCGGACGCCAAUCAACUGGACACGUGUUCGGAACCGGAAGCACGUGUUGAAUGUCCACCGGAUAUACCGAUUAUCGUGCAAAAUAUUAGUGCCGUAUCCGAAAUGCUCGACUCGAAUGACACGCUAUUGUUAUUUAAGACGCGAUACCCGGAUAUUAGACUCGGGAAACUAAUAACUAUCUUAUGGCUAUUAUUGAAUCCCGUGACGAAACGAAAAUCGUGUCACGACCUAUUAUUAACACAAAUACCCAGCGGACAAAACUAUCCAUAUGUCACGCCAAAUGCCAUUGGCAUUUAUGUCGGAAAAAUAUAUGCUGAUGACCGUGAUAUUUAUCCGGUUAUUACGUACGAAAACUGUGUGAUCAAGGACAUUCGUGUCGAUCCGUUGGUAUCUAUGCUAUUCUGGACCGAAUAUAUUGACGACCAGGAUAAAUAUUAUGGCGAUCAAAAGACUUAUUAUAGUGAUGGCAAAUUUAAGAGUCAUUUAAUGGGCGCCUAUCAGGAUGGACAGGCUGUUCGUGUAAUCGCGGAUUCUCAGUAUAUUAGGCGGCAUACACUUAACUUAGACAUAAGGACCAAGAUGAUUUAUUAUAUACGUACCAAAUAUGAUGACAAAAGUGUUAGCCAGGUAUGUUCUGUGAAUUACAAUGGGAGUGACCAACGGAUAGUCCACUCGUCGACAAACCUGUUCACCGAUACUAUACUAAUGACCACCGAUUUGUUCGGGGAAUACCUAUAUUGGAUGAGCGCUACAAAUAAUUCUAUAUUACGAGUGCCCAUAAAUAACGUGUCCGAUACAGCACCGAGCGCACAGGUAGUCAUGGAAUCUGGAAUAGCGUUGAAUACUUUCAGAAUAAUUAAUAAAUUACGUCAACCUACCGGUUCUAAUAAGUGCGCUCAGAGUAGGUGUACCGAACUGGGAUUGUGUUUGCCUACUGGCUAUAUGAAUGCAAACUACCGGUGCGUUUGUAAAAAAUAUUACGGAACGGUAUUACUCUGGAACGGUACGGCCUGUGCCCACCACGACCUACCUGUGGUCACGACACAUGAUCCACAAAUAACGUCGACUCUCGUACCCUUUGAUUUAAACGACGAAAACACGAAAUUACUCUACGAUAUCAUAACACACGAUGAAAUGCAGGGUGACGUUAAAGUGGACCCCAUAGAGGUCCUACUUGUGUGGUCUCAAUGGCGACAUAAUAUGACUGCCAAUGAAUAUAACGGCAGUAUUAUGUGUUCAAAAUUAGAUGGAUCCGACAUACAGGUGCUCAACAACCGCACCAGGCAUCCACACACUAUAGCACUGGACACAAACGCUCAGUUAGUCUAUUGGAUCGACACAUUUAUGUAUACUUUGAACGUUAUGGACUAUAAGGGGCUAAACGUACGUACGGUAGCUCAGGGAUCGUCACUAUUUUCAACCGCUUUUUCAAUGGAUUUCUAUGGGAAGUACACCUAUUGGUCGACAGGACAGACAGUAUACCGGGCCGAUGGGAACAACACUGAGGUAGUAUUGAACGCAUAUUCGGAUAUACAAGGAAUUCGGGUGUUGAACACCGGGAGGCAAGCUGAUUGCAAGGAUGCUACUGGUGCUAAAGCGGUGGCAAACUUCAAACCUUGUUUUAGCCAAACAGCUAAUGGGAAGGGCAUGUAUGAGGUUGCUGAUAAACACAAGUCUAAAGGGUUUGACACUUGUGCGGUUGAGCUUGCUCAAGUCGUCAAAGGUAUGAAAGACCCGGAUGAAAAAGAUAGCAAGAAAAUGGAGGAAUGUUUCAAUGAACUCAAGAAAUCAAAGGAUGCUAUUAUGAAAUGCUAAUUAAAGCUUACAUUAAUGCUGUAGAGAUACAGAUUAAUAAAACGU